AUGAAAAGGAAGAGCAUUUCGGACUACUUUGCCGUGACCCCAGCGAAACGUGAAGUGAUUGAAGAUUGUCCCUCAGCAUCAGGGGAAUCCUCAAGCAAUCCAGACGGAAUGUCAACUCCUGACAGUAAUCCAGGUAUGGAACUUGAAAACCCGUCGACUGGCGAGUCAGGACAGCCCAUUUCUGCCUCUGCAGCCAGUGAGUGCUUCUGGCCCACGUGUUGGACUGUAGAGCAGAAGAAUGAUCAUCUCCAGAAAAAUGACUGGUUAUUUUUCAACGCUGGCAAGUUAGGUUGUUCGGUGUGUAAAAAUGUCGGCGCCUCGGAGACCGAGAAGACGACUGUGGGCAUGCGCCUUUCUAAAGAGUGGAUACGCGGUGAGGUGUCAUUUAAUGGAGAAUUGAGGAAACAGCAGCUAACAUCUCUCAGGAAAAAGAUUUUUGAACACAGAGAAAGUGCGGGUCAUAAAGCUGCCGUCAGAAUCACAGCCGAAGCCAGGGAAGAAUCAAAAGCGGUGUGUUUGUGGGCUCAAGAAAGAGAGGUGAAAAUCACCAAGAAAGUAUUCCGUACAGCCUAUAACGUGGCUAGGAAGAACCAGCCUUUUAGUGAUUUUGAGGCUGACAUUGACUUGCUAGAAUUAAACGGCGUUGAUGUGGGGACAAUUUUGCACUCGGCUGCUUCUUGUGCACACAUUGUGGACCACAUUGGCAGCGAAAUGAGAAGCACACUGAUCGAGAAGAUUCUUGACUCCAAGAGUAAACUUUCAUUGAUCCUUGAUGAAUCGACUACCGUGGGUCGGGAAUCUGUACUGAUAGUGUAUCUCCGCGCCUACAUUGAAAAGGUGCGCAUGGAGGACCCUGUGGAUCACUUCAUUAGCUUGAUAGAGCUGGACGACGUGACGGCAGAUGGGAUAUUCAAAAGUCUGAUGUCUGCCCUUGAGUCACUAAGGAUCACUGAGGAAGUCUUGAAGGAAAGUUUGGUUUCGUUGACUUGUGAUGGGGCUGCGAUGACGAUGGGGUCCCAUGAAGGAGUCGCAAAACUUUUCAAAGACAGAUUCCCUUCCAUCAUUGUAUGGCCUUGUGCUAGCCAUAGGCUGGAAUUAUCCGUCCACGAUGCCGUGAAAGAGGUGUGUGGCGUCAAUCGAUUUAAGAGUUUUAUCGACAAGUUAUAUGUCCUGUACCGCUCGUCUCCCAAAAAUGCAGGGGAGCUCAAGGCACGUGCGGCCACGUUAGAGGUGGAGAUUUCGAAAAUUGGAAGGAUCCUGUCUUCAAGAUGGGUCGCCUCUCGUUACAGAACUGUGAUGGCCGUCUGGAAGGAUUACGAAGCCCUAGUGCUUCAUUUUGAAAAAGGUAAAACUGCGAGUGGUCGAGAUAGAAAGGAGAAGCGCGCCUAUGAAAGUCUUCUGGAAAAGAUUACAUCGGCAGAAUUCGUGUUGGACCUCGGAUUGCUUUCUGAUGCUUUGCAAGAGCUCUCAGAAUUAAGGGUCGAUCUGCAGGAGAGAACUGCUGAUCUGUACACAGCCCAAAGCAAGAUUGAGAGUCUCGUUGAAAUAUGCGGGAAGAGAGGCACUGCUCCAGGUCCUUACUAUACAGAAGCACUUGAGGCAACAGGAAAGCUGCAAUUUAAGGGUGUCCAGUUGCAUAGAAGAGAUAGAACUGAUGAGCCACCCAUCUCCCCAGUUGCAUUUUAUGAGCAACUUAAGAAACUUCUUCAAAAAAGACUGCUUUCAAAAGACGACGCAGAACUGUCAAGAUGUGGAAGCGUUCUGGAGUCUAAGAACUGGCCAGCAAACUCCAGUGACCGCAUUCUCUAUGGGGAAGGAGAAAUAAGCCGAUUGGCAAGAAGGUUUCAGCUGAAUGAGAGAAAAGCCAUUCGGGCCUUCAGAGAGCAUCUGAAAUACGGAGAAGAAAUGUCCGAGGAACUGUCUUCAAUCCGCCGCAUUCUCAAUACUGUUGCUGUUUCCUCCAGCGAGUGCGAAAGGGGAUUUUCCGAGAUGAACUUGAUUGUCACCCCAGAAAGGUCCUCCUUGAAGGUCAAAACGAUAACAUCCUUAUUGUUUAUAAGAAUUGUUGGACCUCCUCUGAAACUCUUUGACCCAACAAAGUUCGUAAGGACAUGGUUGCUUCAAGGACAUCGUUCGGCUUCGGACACACAAAGCAAGACCCGAAAGAGAGUGGAGGAGUCUGAUGUCAGGAUGACACUUUGGAAAGCCCUGUGCUCCUGAGCUUGAGUUUCAGUAUUCAGCUAACCCUUUGAACCAUGAGGCAUGAUGCAAACAACACCCAAAAUCUCUCAGGCAGCACUGAAAAGAGAAGAUCUCACGGAGAGAAACCGGAUCUCUGAGGUGCACCUGAUAAACUAUGGCGAGUGAAGAUGACCAGGAGUGGAUUUCAUUGCUAUGAAGUGAAAGAACAGGAGGCGUUGGUGGGGACAAAUAGCGUCCCCACUUGAACUUUUCAUCUUACAUCUACAUUAUUGAUGACAUCAGCAAACUGUUCAACUGGUAAGGAAUGAAAAAUAUGAAUACGAAAGCAUCCAUGAACACAGCUCUCCUCAGUACUGAUGACAUCUGUCCGGCCACUUCAUUGGCCCCGAGGCACUUUUGCAUUAGUGGGUCCUUCCCACCAUAAUAAUAUUAACAUUAAACGUUAUUUUUGAUAGAACUUUUAAAUAUUUUGAC